GGGGAGGUUGAGUUUAGUGUAGGGUGGUCUAAUGCACCCUGUUCUUUCAAACUUAUUUUCUCAUCACUGCAACAGCAGAGGCUUUCAAGGUCUCAGUAGCUAGGAUUCCCCUCUCCUUCUGAGUCCUAUUCUGUGAAACUGUGCAUCCAAACUGCGAUCAGCUGGGAAACAGUGCUGUUAAAAUAAUGUAAUGUUGGCUGUGUUUCAAAUUGAAAGGGUCGAACUUUCCACCGGUGUCUUUGCAAAAACACAAAGUAAUAAUAGUGGGACUUGACAAUGCAGGAAAGACCACCAUUCUUUACCAGUUCUUAAUGAAUGAAGUGGUCCACACAUCUCCAACCAUAGGAAGCAAUGUUGAAGAAAUAGUAGUAAAAAAUACACAUUUCCUUAUGUGGGAUAUUGGAGGACAGGAGUCAUUACGGUCAUCAUGGAAUACCUAUUAUUCAAAUACGGAGUUCAUCAUUCUUGUUGUUGACAGCAUUGACAGAGAACGACUUUCUAUCACAAAAGAAGAACUUUACAGAAUGUUGGCUCAUGAGGAUUUACGGAAGGCUGCAGUUCUCAUCUUUGCAAAUAAGCAGGACAUGAAAGGUUGUAUGACAGCUGCUGAAAUAUCUAAAUACCUCACCCUUAGUUCCAUAAAGGAUCACCCAUGGCACAUUCAGUCCUGCUGUGCUUUGACUGGAGAAGGAUUAUGCCAAGGUCUGGAAUGGAUGACCUCCCAUAUUGGAGUGAGAUAACUUGUUGCAAAAGAGACUGCAUCUAUUUAUUCUGUGAACAUGAACAUUUUCCUGGUACUUCUGGUUGCUAAGGCAGCGACCAUGUUUAAUUUAUAAUGACAGAAACCUCUGAGCAGCACUUGAAUCAAGUGCAGCUGAACUGAAACACAAAGUAUUUUUAACUUUUUUAAUGCACUACUCUUCCACAGGAUGAACAUGUGAAUCUGUUUCAGUAUCAAAGUUCUCCUGGCUAUUCUAAGUUUUCUUGUUGCCUUGUAAGAUAUCUUUCAUCAUGGAAAAUCUUUCACACUUGAUUUUUGUAAUGAUGCAAACUGCUUCUGUAAUUUACUACCAUAGAUAAAUUUCUUCAUUAACACUGGAAAAAAAGUGAGUAGAAUGACGUUUACCCUAGCAUAGCCCAAUUUUUUGAAAUCAUUAAAGCUAUCUGUGUUCAGAUAGCCCAAUUGCAGAUAUGGCUGUCUCCAAGGCAGGUUUUAGGUAUGUUAAGAAUUGAAAUAGUCAGCAUUGAAACAGUUAUUUAUGGUUGAUAUGCUUCUCUUCCCCUCCCCACCCCACUGCCUUAAAAGGAAACACACCCAUUUUUAUUCCCAUGUAAGGUAAGUAGUUCUGGGUCAUAUUUUUACCUGAAAACACAAAUUUGCUGGGUAGAUAAAAAUCAGAGUUUUUAUUUAAUUAAAAUGCAUUUUUCUUUUUAAAAAUGAACCAGUUACAAAAAUUGAAAUUGACAACAUAUUAAGUGCUAAAUUUAGUGUAAUCUUUUAAAAACAACAAAGAGUCUGGGGGUGGCACCUUAAAGACUAACAGGUUUAUUUGGGCAUAAGC